UCCUUUCAUCAUGUUAGUGAGACUUUUAUUUUAUUUUUUUCUUUGAUCUUAUUCUUUCGUCUUUUAUUUUUUAUUUGAUAUUCGGCAAUCAGAUUUUUAUUGUCUUGUUUAUGUCCCUUUUGUUUUUACUUACAAUAUAAUAUACAUCUGUAUGCUCUCUUGUUGUGUCAAUGUAAUGGAUUUUGUUUGUAUGAUAUCGUAUAACGGCACUUCAAUACAUGGACAUCUGUGAUUAUAUUCUUUUCUUUUUCCUCCCUUUAUAAUUAUGAUUAAACUUCAAUCAUAACAAACUUUGUUAUGGGCAGUACGUGUAUAUAGGGCUGCGAAGCUACAAUUAUUUUGACAAUUGAUUGAUAGGUUUGAGUGAUUUCUUUCACACACACAAGAUAAAUGUAUUGUCUUUAGUUAAAUAUAUUAAUUCCUUCGGCAGCUGUCCUUACAGUAAAAAAAAAGUCAUCUUAGCCACUCAACUAAUGAGAUCACCAUGGAAACAGUGCAGUGUAAUAUUUGUUUCAAACAAAGUUUAAGCAGCGCGUGGACAAAAACUGUUCACUCCCUUUUUUGUUUUGCAGUCUCAGUUGUCACUCUUAGGUUUCUUAGUUACCAUGGGGUCACCUGCUCUUCUCAGGUGUUAACCAAGAGUGAGUGUCAGGUAGACUGAUGUUUGGAUCGGUCUGAUUCACUGUGUCUUUGUCGACGUCUGUCUGAGGAAAUGUGCUUCAAAGUCAACAUUUAGGACACAAUUUAAGAACAAGAAUGCCUGCGGGGAGAAACGUCCGCUCUUCCUCAACUCCUGGAAGAUUAGAAACUCAACAUGUGACCAGCCUCCUCUCAGAGCUGAGGUGUACGGGCGAGAGGAAGCGAAACAGCUCUGGGCCUGAGCGUCGGGGUCACAGAAGUGCAGUAAACAAGGAGAGUAAAGAGGAGCCUGAGUGGUUCAUUCGAGAGCUGCUGAAGCAAAACAAGCGAAGACACUCUGUGACACUCGGGGAGAAGACGCCGACCCUAAGACGUCAACGGCACAGCAGAGCUUCGAUUCGCAGCCUCAAGCAUCCGGACUUUAUGAACUGCCUGAUUGAUGAGACAAUAUCGCUCGACAUCCUCCAGAAGCUGAAAGUAGAAUUUGAGGACUUUGAGAGAUGUGGCUCUGGAUGCAUCGAUGCAAGGACUUUUGGACAUCUUGUAAAGAAGUGUCUGGGGUCGUCUCACACGACCAACGAGCAGAUUCAAGGCUUGUUUAAGAAGAUUGAUUAUUCAGGCCAAGGGAGAAUUUCAUGGGGUCAGUUCUGCACACACGUGUUGCAGGAGCACAAGGAGAGGGAGGAAAGUGCACGACGCAGCAAGCAGGCGGCUUUUACUUUGCCUGCCACUGUGAAGGCGCUGGGUCAAGGGAUUCCCGUCGUCAACAUCCGCUCCACGCAUGACGGCACCGUGGUCACAGUGCGGGACGACGGCGCCGUUUGUCUCUGGAGCCCUGAACUCAGACUCCACAAGACAAAACACUUGUUUAACGAAGGACCUGCCAACAGGAAGUCAAAGUGGGCAAGUAAUUUCACUCUGAUACCCGAGUAUAAGAAGCUGGUGAUUGUUACAGGCGACAGAGAGAUACAGUUUUAUGAUCUCUCCACUCUGGAGCCUUAUUGUCAGAUUAGUGCUCUGGAGACGGUUCCUCUGACAUUAAACUACGGCUACACUGGACCUGACAAAUGCUGUAUUUUGUAUGGAGACGCUGAGGGAUGUGUGACUAUCAUUUUAAUUUCCUCUUUUGGAGAUACACUCAGAUUGUGGAAUAAAUUCCCAAAGGUUGAGAACAUACCAAACAUAGUGAUUGACAACGCAGCGACCUCCCCCAACGUGACCUUUGUCAGAUGGAAGGUUCAUCAUGACUGGGUGACGCAGGCAAGAUAUUUCCCGAGUUUCCAGGCCAUCGUCUCCUCGUCCGGUGACGACUCGUCGGCUCUUGUUUUAGGCCGCGUGCUGCCUCUGACAGACGCCGGGCAGCGGCUGAGCGAGAUCAGAGAGUCCUGUUAUGAAGGGAAGACCAAAAAGGUCCAGUUGAGCUGGACCCCACAGACGCGGGCGUCCAGCGAACAGACGGUGUUCACCAUUUACAAAGGAGUCAAGAGCUUUGAUCUGUGUCACAAGCACAGCUUGUUGAUCACCGGGGGCAUGGACCGCCUCAUACGCAUGUGGAACCCACAUUUCUCUGGGAAACCAACAGGUAUUUUAAAAGGCCACUGUGCUCCCGUCGUCCACCUGUGCAUCUCCUCAGAGGACGGUCACGUCUUCUCCGUCUCCAUUGACGGCACAGUGAAGGUGUGGGACAUACAGGACCAGUGCUGCCUGUUCACAGCAGAAGCCAAAGCCAGCGGGAUUCACAGCGACGUCACCGCAUGCUCGUAUUCUUCGGCUAUGAAAUCCCUGUUCGUCGCCGCAGACUGCGUGGCCGCGCUCUCGCUCAUGAUGAGGCAACAAGUCUGCCGGCGCCUGACUCUUUCGCACAACGAGGCCGUGACGUGCUGCGGCUACAGCGAGGAGUUCCGGGAAGUCGUGAGCUGCACUGAAGGAUCCGUGGUGAAAGUCUGGGAUUUGGACACCGGGCGUCAGGUGUUUGAGUUCGGGGGCACACGGGAUCUGUCUGCCAUUACGUGCAUGACAUUUGACCUUAAAGGGAGGAGACUCAUCACAGGUGGAAGAGAUGGAUGUUUGAAGAUCUGGAACUUCAGCAACGGUCAGUGCCUGAAGACGCUGAAGAAGGGCACGGAUGACGGAAAGUGCCUGGAGGUUUGCCACUGCAUCUUUCUGAAAGUUCACCGAAAUUGCUAUGUGAUAUCUGCGGGCCGGGACCGGACGAUUGACAUUUACUCAGACGCACCCGGCGACCUCCGUCACGUCCAGAAGCCGCAGCCUUCGUGGCAGGAUGAUCUGAAUAACGGUCAUAAAGAGGACAUCCUGUGUGUGGUGCAGUGUCCUCCAUCCCUCCUGGCCACCAGCAGCUAUGACGGAGAGAUAAUCGUGUGGAACGUUGUUUCUGGACGUAUCCAGUGUCGCUUUGUCUGCCCUCACUCAGCAGAAAAUGCUGAAGGACUGGACAAAAGUGUCCCAAGCAUCAUUUUCCUGAAGAAUGUCCCGUUUUCCUCGGCCACUCUGCUCCUGUCCUCUGGAGCGGCCGGUUGUAUAAAUGUCUGGCGAGUGCUCAGCGGAGGAACCUUUGUGAGCGGCUUCAGAGCUUCUUUAUUCCAAGAAAAGAUCACAAUCAUGGCUAAAACAGAAGAGGACACGUUGCUCUACGCUGCCGACCAAAUUGGUUACAUCUACGUUUACGACAUGAGCAAAUUUAACCCUGAGGAAAAAUCACCACGACCUCAGUACUUCUGGCGUGCCCACACCAGCAGAGUUUCUGGCCUGCAGAUUGUUGACAAUGAUCAAGUGGUGCUUACCUCGUCCACCGACUGCACCGUGCGUCUCUGGAGUCGACGUGGAGAAUUCAUCGGGACCUUUGGGCAGUCUGAUAUCUGGAGCAUCCACGUCCCGUCUUCCUGGACGCACCCGGCUGUCCCUUACGAGGUCCUGACUCAUCCUCUGAGUCUUCCGGAUCAUGACUGGUUGAAUUUUAAAACCCAGUUUCCUGAUGACUGUGACGGCCGGGAGCUGGAGGCUGUGUCAUGAAAAUUGCCAAGCACACUAACAAGCUAUCGAACCACCGGCGCUCGGAAAGGCUUUGCUACUGUGCAGGACCUGACCUCUCCCUCGCUCCCUCGCUCCCUGGCAUUGAUCCUCUCAUAAGCAGCGCUGAGGAACUGCAGUCGACUGGGAAAGAUAAAACUGUAUCGAUCACACUUUGGAAACUGCAGCAAAAAUGGAUUGGAAUUGUGGGUUGACGGCGUGUAAUCACACACACAAAUGGCCUUCGCAACAACAGACUGUAAAAUAAGAGAAGAUGUUUGAUAAAAGUGGGAGAAUGUGGACUGCAAUAUUAAAGUGAUAGUUGAGGGAUUUUUUUGGGGGCGAGUAUGUGAACUUUGUGUCUCUUUGAAAUCUGCUCACUCUCCCACACCAAAGUCCAUCGAGAAAGUCAUCGAAGACUCUCCAAGACACCAAAACUUACCAAACACUGUGUCCCAGAAAGCUUAAAAUACUGAUUUUCUCAAUGGACUUUGGUGCAAGAAGAGUGAACGGUUUAUGGACAGUUUAGUUUUACAUAAAGAGGAAAAGGUAAAGUAAUUAUUACCAGAGCUUCUUAGUGGUAUGUCAGUCAUCAUUACUGGACAAUGACAGUAAAGAUUACAGUGACUUUUACCUGGGGUGAAAAGGUCUGGAACAAUUACCUCAGCUAAUACUAAUCCCAUACGGUUUAGACCAGUAGUAAAUACUAUAUGUGCGUUAAUCUCCUUUUCACAAGCAGUUUUCCACGGAUUUUUAAGCAUGCAUCAAGGGCACUAUCACUUAUGAUAUCAAGAAGCAUCGUAGUACGUACAUGACGACAGGAGGUGACGGCGGUGCGUAAAUCGAGUGCAACUCGGUGUCCAGGAAGUCGGGGUGAAGUUGUUUUUGCGUAGCCAGUGCAGGGUUGGGAAUCACUGGGUUCAUUACCCUGUUGCACUUCCACGUUUGGGCCCUUAGACCCCGAUUUACCCCUCCCAACUGUGGUAGUUUUACUGAGGUUUCUUAUCCUGAGCAAUAUUGGCCAUCAAUAUUACAGAUGUCCUGUUUAAAAUGACAUUACUCCACCUCCACAUGUAAAACUAAUCUGGUCUGAAUACUAGGGAUUAUGUGCCAUACUGCACCUCGUACAACCACACUAUCAUUUUAAGAUGCUUUAAAAAAACAUUGUGUUCUUACACACAAAGUCAACCAUUACAUGUAAAAAAUGAUCCCACGUAGCAUAUUACCAUUAAAGUAAACAAAUGUCUUAAUGUUAACACAGGAUUCGCAUGAGAAAGGUGGUUUUCUUGUGUGACUCUGACGUUCUACUCUCAGCUCUGUGAAGCUUCAUAUAAUUUUUUAUUUUAUUUUAUCUCAUUGUUUUGUUUUUAGUGGCGCUCAAACUUUCCAUUUUGUUCUCUGCUCUCGUGUUGUGUGUUGGGCCACGACCGGGCAGAUAUUAUGGCUGUUAGGGUGUAAAAACUAACUGUACCUGCCCUGCACCAAAGAGAAGAUAAAGUUAACAAUAGAGCCGGUGAAGCAUUUGGAAUUAAUUUGAAGUGCCAUCAAUUUUUACGCUGGCCUCAGCUAAUUUGGGUGGAAUAGCGUUACUUUCCCUCCCUCCUCCCUGAUCACAGCCCUUUUCAAAGUUAAGUUGGCUUUAAUGACAAAUGAAAAGUGGACAGUGUGAUGCUGAUAAACAUGAUAUGUGAAAAGUCUGCAGAAGAACAUAGUGUUUUUUUUUUAUAUAGAACUGAAAUCCAAAGGUGAUAAUUACAAUUUAAGUGAAAUGAAAUGAAUCAAACUAUUUUUAGAAUAUACACAUCACACAGUUCCUCUGAUAACAACCUAUAAAAGCCUUGUAAAACCAGACCCCAAAAAAAAGAUCUUGGAAAAACAGACCCUGAAAAAAUCUUAAGAACAAACCUGAACAAAAAAAUCUCGUUCAGACAGAGACUUGUGACUAAGUAAAUGAAACUGUAAAAAGACGCAGAAUCUUUUUCUGUUCUGUAAGAGAACAAAGGAGGUGAAAGUGAAAGUGACACAAUAAUGUUUGUACAAGCAAUAACAAAAGCUGUGACACAAAAGGAGCUGUUUUAAAGCUAAUUUUGAUGUUCCAUCAAGUAUUGUCCCAAAUUUAUACUCCUCAGUUUACAAAAAUCAUACCCCUGGAGCUUUAGAACACCGCAAUUUAUCAUCCUACACACACACACACACACACACACACACACCCUCUCUUCUGCAACUACAGCGUUUUAAUGUUAACAAACACACAGAGGAGCCCAGGGGACUUAAUGCAUACACCACAUUUAUUUUUUUGAUUACAGCUAAUAUUAUCACCUGGCCCGACCACAUAACCCAAUUACCCUCAUACUGUAUAUAUGUAUAUCAAAAUAUAUAUAUAUAUAUAUGUAUAUUCAGAGCUGCGCUAAAUUAUUUACAAAUGUAAGCACUUACAUUUUGUAAGUGGAGGGAAAAGGUGGGAAAAGUCAUAAUUAUAGGCUACAAAUAUCUGUGAGUUAUAGUUAAAACCAAAAAAUAAAUAAAGGUGUGCUGUUGCAAUUACGAGCAGCUUACUCACAGAUGAUAAACUAUUGUAAUAAUUAGGUUUUUAAGUCUGUAUUCUUACAAUUCUGUGGAGAUUGAUAAAGGGGGGAAAGUAUAAAUAUGUGCAAAAGAAAUGGUUAAUAGUUUA